GCUCACAACCGGCCUCGGCUCUCCAUUCCGACUCCUUAUCCUCACUCCAGCAGCACGCUCGUUCCUGCACCAGCACCAUGGUCAGCGAGCAGACGCCGGUGACCACCGAGCCGGAGCUGGAGAGCGUCGACGCGGCGCCUGUCGUCAAGGCCGAGGAGCCCGCGGAGGACGGGGCGCCCGUCGUCGAGGACGUCAAGGAGGGCGACGGUGACGAAGACGAGGAGGAGGACGAGGAUGAUGAAGAGGACGACGAGGAUGAAGACGGCGAGCUGGGUGUGGCCGGGAGCGAGGGGUCGAAGCAGAGCCGGAGCGAGAAGAAGAGCCGCAAGGCCAUGAUGAAGCUCGGGAUGAAGCCCGUCACCGGCGUCAGCAGGAUUACCAUCAAGAGAGCCAAGAACAUCCUGUUCGUGGUGUCGAAGCCGGACGUGUUCAAGAGCCCGACGUCGGAGACGUACGUGAUAUUCGGGGAGGCCAAGAUCGAGGACCUGAGCUCGCAGCUGCAGGCGCAGGCGGCGCAGCAGUUCAGGAUGCAGGACCUGAGCAAGGCGAUGAGGCCCGACGCGGCGGCGGCGGCGGGGGCCGGGGCCGUCGCCGACGAGGAGGAGGUGGUGGACGAGACCGGCAUCGAGGCCCGCGACAUCGACCUCGUCAUGACGCAGGCCAGCGUGUCCCGCGCCAAGGCCGUCAAGGCCCUCAAGGCGCACGACGGCGACAUCGUCAGCGCCAUCAUGGAGCUCACCGCCUAGUCUUUUCUUCGUUUCCGUUUCCGUUUCCGUUUCGGUUUCGACAAGUCCGGCGGGGAUCUCUACCGGAGUAUCGUACCAUCGUGUGGUGUGUUUUGCAGCCCUUUUAUCUCUACGAAUCGUACGUGGACGUUGCCCCAUAUUAUCAGGUUUUCAAGAUAUGUUAGUGUCCCUCUUUCAAGUGAAAAAUUGAAAUCUAGUGGCGGGCAUUGGUCUUUAA